AUGCAUUUUCCAUCCAAAGUACUGUUGUUUUUGGUUAUUGCAUUGAUAAGUAUUGUAAAUAGCCUGAAAUGUUAUUCAUGCUCAUAUUCACUGAUUGAAAUUACACCUGAAACUGACGAUUAUUUUUGCGCUAAUGAAUCCUUAAUUAAUAUUAAUCGUGAUAUGACUGCACGUACUUGUGCAGCCUGGGAAAAGUUUUGUACAACAACGGUAGAAACAUCGUUAAAAGCCUUCAGUGCAGUACAACGAUCAUGCGGUGAUACCUGUAGAGAUCAUUGUGAAUCCGAUGGUUACGGUACAGAUAUUGUAAGAUGUGAUGAUUGUUGCAAUGAAGAUCUUUGCAAUGGUAAUUAUUCCGUUCAUUACUAUAUGAAAUUGAUGAAGGAACAGUAUACAUCUUGGUUUGAACCAUUACCUGGUGAAAAAAGAUAUAAUCGCUUAAAUAAUAUUACGUUUCCUUAUUAA